GCCACUUCCGUCCUGUCACUUCCGGUGGGCUCCGGAAGCGGAGCGCGGAGCCGGCGCGGCCAUGGCGCCCAAGGGGAAGGCGGGCACCAAAGGCAAGAAGCAGAUCUUCGAGGAGAACCGGGAGACACUGCGCUUCUACCUCCGCAUCAUCCUGGGGGCCUCCGCUGUCUACGCCGUGGUGAACCUGGUGAUCUUCUACCCCGCCGCCUCCGCCUGGACGUGGCUGGCGUUCGUCUUCAGCUUGGUGGUCUACGGCACCAGCUACCGGACCAUGAACUCCAUGGCAAAGCCGUCUUUCACAGACGAUGGCAGCCUUGCCGACGGGGGAAUUGACCUGAAUAUGGAGCAGGGGAUGGCAGAGCAUCUCAAGGAUGUGAUCCUGCUGACAGCCAUGGUCCAAGUGCUGAGCUGCUUCUCGCUCUACGUCUGGUACUUCUGGCUCUUGGCUCCGGGGCGUGCGCUUUACCUCCUGUGGGUGAACAUCCUGGGGCCCUGGUUUACAGCUGAGUCUUCGCCCGCCAGUCAAGAACCAAACGAGAAGAAGCAACGCCGACAGGAACGCCGCCAGAUGAAGCGCUUCUAGCCCUGGCUGAGGAGACAGAUUAAUGCUGUGUCUCAUCUCCAUGCUGUUAUUUCAUCAGGGAUGCAACUGAAACCAAUCCCAAACCAUCGCAGUAGCUCUGAUACCCUCUCAUUGCUGCCAUUCCGCUACAAAGGCCGCAAGAGACUUUCCUUGGUUGGUUCUUGGCGCCAGUCAAGGCCUUGCUCUUUGGGAUGAUGAGGAGGGUGAUGCUGGGAUGUGUGUAAAUUACCUUUUUAAAGCAGCGCUGUAUCACAUUUGAGGUUGGGAGUUGCAAUGUUGGAGUAUAUUAAAGAGCAGAGUCUGACCGUG